CAGCAGCAUGAGGAGUUGGUACGGGGGCCCAUGGCAGAUUACGGGUCUGGCAGCAGCAAUGGGAGGCCGUACAGGGACCCAUGACACACUCUGGACCUGGCAGCAGCAUGAGGAGGCGGUACAGGGGCCCAUGACAGAUUACGGGCCUGGCAGCAGCAUGAGGAGUCAGUACGGGGGCCCAUGACACACUCUGGACCUGGCAGCAGCAUGAGGAGGCGGUACAAGGGCGCAUGACAGAUUACGAGCCUGGCAGCAGCAAGCAAGCGACAACAGGGGCACAUGACAGAUUACGGGCCUGGCAGCA